AUGGACAAAUUCACGGAAGAAGAGCGCAGAUUUAUGGAGGAAAAUCUGAGGCAAGAAUUCGCACGGAAGAUAAGAAUGGUCGAAAGCUCACCGGCUCGUCCCACGGAAAGCAUCGUCCGGCAGAAACUCAAAUUUUACGCGGACAAAUGCUAUGAGUUCGAAAGUCUACACAAGCACGCCAAAGCACGAUUCGUUUCUCUAAUGAUGGACAGCAUUGUGCACAACCUGUUAGGUCUUUACGACCUCCUCUUGAAAGAAGAAAAGGCAGCGGUAGAAGAAGCAGAAUGCGAAUUCAAACGGAACACAGCCGCAGAAGACAAAACUCUUCGUGAGAUGAGAAACGCCUUUAUGGAUUUGCAGGACGACGUCAAAAAGCAGCAGCACGAAACACGGGAGUGGAUGCAAGCCAUGCAUCAGCACUUCGAAGGACUGGUCACCCGCGAAAUGAAAGACGGAUUUCGCUCACUUCGCGAAGAGGUCAAGAGGCAACAGGAAAGCACAAUGCACCAGAUAGAAAACAUUACAGCACAGUUACAAAACCUUUCUGGCCAAGUCAGCGAGGAGGCUGAAAGUCGGAAGCAUGAGCUCAAAUCACAGAGUAACAGCAUCAGAAGCUGGCUGGACAAGAUGGAGUCCUCCAUUAGCAGCACGAUGUCCACCAACGAAGAUCCGCACAAGAGGCACCAAGAUAAAGGACAACACCAUGCCCAGCAAGGAGAAGAAGAAGACCGCACGUCACAUUCUGGUUGCACGAGAACAGGUUCCAAGAGACGGCACGAAAGUCCCGUAUCAGAGUUUGACCGGCAACAAGCCAACCUUCAGAGACUCCUGGAUCAGAGCGAAAGGGAGGUAAGUGACGUAGAACACUUCUUAUCCAACUGCGGAGGAAUCGAAAGACGCUUCGGAGAUCGAGAAAUGAAGGACAACGAAUCACUCCUUAUGUGCGUCUGCAAGGUGUUUGGAAAGCACUAUUCUGAUGCAUGCCCAAGGAUAAGAAGUGUGGCCGAAAGACUGGAAAUCCUGCGCGAGGAAGGUCGAUGUCUAAACUGUAUCGAACUGCAUGACGCGUUAAGCUGCAGGAAACGCCCAAUCUGCUUCUACUGCAAGAGAGCUGACCCAUCGGCGCCACCAUCAGAGCACCGUGAGCACCACGCAAGCAUCUGCACAAAGCCCGAGGAGUACACCCGGAAGGUUCAGCUAAGGAAGGAUCUCCUAAGAAGAAUCGACAGGUGCAAAGAGGAGCUCAUGAACUCUUGGAGACGCAGCGCAUCAGCACGAGCACAAGAAGAGAAGCGGACACCAGAUUACCAGUCACGGCCUACUACACCGCGAGGUCCCCCCGACUUCUAUUGCUGA